CAAUCACAAUUGAAUUCUCAUCCAACCAACAACUUAUCUUGAUAAUCACUUACCCAAAAUCCUUAAAUCGAAAUUUCUAGAUAAGCACUUUUCUCGAACUGGCUAACUCUCAGAAAAGCAGUGAAGACACUGAUUCCAGCAAUCAAAAGCUGGUUCUCAAACUUUAUGAAGCCUUAAACUCUCGAGAUUCCGAUACCGUGGUCAAGAUUCUUGCAUCUGAUCUUGAGUGGUGGUUUCACGGUCCACCUUCUCAUCAGUUUUUGAUGCGCAUGCUCACCGGCGAUUCAACCGCCGUCGAUACUUUCCGUUUUGUUCCACAAUCACUCGUUUCGUUUGGAUCCAUUGUUAUUGUUGAAGGUUGUGAUAAUUCCCGCAAAAUCUCUUGGGUUCACGCUUUGACUGUUGUGGAUGGGAUAGUCACUCAAGUUAGGGAGUAUUUCAACACUUCCCUUACCGUCACACGCUUCGCCGGGAAAGAAUCCGGUGAGAUUGUGCCGGCGGUGACUGAUUCUGGACGUUUCCCUUGCGUUUGGGAAAGUAGCGUUUCCAAUCGGGUCGGGAAAUCUGUACCCGGUUUGGUUCUCGCGAUAUAAAAUUAAAUAUUAAAAUUAAAUAAAAUAAUAAAAUAAAGGUACUGUUGACGUGGCAGUUGGUGAUUGGAUUGGUUUCGCUUUUUUCACGGGACGUGACUUUCGGUGUUUUUUUCCGCGGAAAAUAAGAAACCGCCUUACUGUCGGCGCGUGUUUAAUACUGUUGUGGUUGUUUUUUUCUUGUUUGUUUGUUUGUUUAAUUGCUUGUGUGGAACAAUUAUCAUUAUCAUUAUGAGUUUGUUAAGUUGGUUGUAUCCUUGUGAGUUUGUAAUAUGGUGUUUGGAAGAUGGAAUAAAAAAGUUGUCUAUGAAUCUUUGUUUUAA